UCUCGCUAGCAAAACAGGCCCGAGAAAUAACGUGAUAACGAGCGACCGAGACGAUUUUUUCGGGAAUCCUGGCCCAUAUCAAAGUAGGAGUACCUCACGUUUCCGUGAGAUGGAGAUUUAUUGGUGGGGCGGUGCCCUGGCCUGCGGAAUCCGUGUUAGGUCAGUUACUUGACCCUUCCGCCGGCGCCGACGCAAUUCCCCGCCUCGCCCUGUUCGAUCCAAAUCGAGCCGUACUCGCGAGAGCGAGAUCCAAAUCGAGAUUUCUCGACCCUAGGUCUCGUCGAACCAUGGGUCAGCUGAUGCUCAAUCGGGUGAUAUCGAUGCAGCGGGAAAGUCGUCGCCUGCAAAUACAACCCCAUAGUAAGUGACCGCCUCGUUGUUAUUUUCAUCAGGCACAAGACCAGGUAAGGCAAGUAGAUUCUUGUAGGUUGAUCUAGUCUAGUGUCUAUUUGAGCGUAAAAUUUUGAUUUUUUUUCAUAGAGAAAACUGUUUGGGUGAGCUAAGGUUUCUAUGGUACUCCCUCCGUCCCAUAAUAUAAGAGCGUUUUUGACACUACACUAGUGUAAAAAACACUCUUAUAUUAUGGGACGGAGGGAGUAGUAUAGAAGGAUUUUGUGGAUCGAUUUGGGUAAAGAUCAAAUUUUUGUGUGUGUUGUUCAUAUGUACUCCCUCUGUAAAGAAAUAUAAGAUCAUUUAGAUCACUACUUUAGCGAUCUAAAUGAUCUUAUAUUUCUUUACUGACGGAGUACCCGAGUUAUGAAAAAUUUGCUAUAACAUCAGUGUAGCCACUCAAAUAUUACAUAGUAAGCAUACAUUGGAUUUGAAGAGGCCCCAUUUGUCUUCCAUGCUAAAGUUGGCAGGUGGCUGCCGUGCUUAGGCUGUAUGGGGUCUGAGACGAUCCUUGACAAUACAACAGAGGGGAACUCAAGUCGACUGUCUAUGCACCCUCUGGAUAAUGUGUUCCCCUGUCUUGUUUUAUUUGUUUGAGCAUCCUCAACGAUAUACUUGGGUGAAAGGACUCAACCUGCAAACAAGACCAUUGUUCCCAAGGUGGUGAAAUACAAUACCCUGGGCCACAUCUUCCAGAGGAUAUUUGGUGUCAUAUAUAUUCCCUACUGCCAAUGCGAGAUGCUGCUCGAGCUGCUUGUGUGUCUCAUGCAUUUAAACGUUCUUGGAGAUGCUAUCCGAACCUUGCUUUCAAUAUGAUAACAUUGGGCAUUGAUAUAGAAUCAUGUGGAGAGGACGGAAUAGCAAGAAAUUUUACCAACAAAGUUGACCACAUUUUGAAAAACCGCCCAUGCAUUGCCACCAAGACGCUCGAGAUUGUUUUCCGUUACUACAAUGCCAAAGUCUGUAACAUUGAUAGCUGGUUUCAGGCUGCUGUUACACCGGGGAUUGAAGAACUCACUAUAGAACUAUCUUCAAAGUCAGGAAGAUAUUACAACUUUCCGUGGUCACUUUUAGCCAAUGAGAGUGGAAACUCGAUUCGGUAUCUAAAUCUUGCCCGUUGUGCUUUCUCUCCGACUGACGAGUUGUGCUUUAAAAGCUUGUCAAGACUCGAGCUAAGCGAUGUUGCUAUUACGGGGGACCAGUUGGGAUCCAUUCUUCACAAUUCUUUUGCUUUGCAACGGAUGCAACUAAAGUUUUGCAAUAAGAUAAUUUGCUUGAAGAUACCUUUUCAUCUACAACAGCUCAGAUAUCUGGACGUGUUUGAUGGCGGCAGCUCGCUGCGGGUUAUAGAGGUAGAAGCUCCAAACCUCUCUAAUUUCCAGUUUAUGGGUCAUCGCAAAGUACACCUAUCGUUUGGAGUAGGAUUGCAAUUCAAGAAGUUUGACCUGUACUUUCCUGGUGCUAUCAGCUAUGUUUGUGCUGAUUUUCUGUCCAGCUUGCGAUAUGUUGAAGAUCUUUCCCUAGGUUCACGUUGUGAGAUGAUUGAUACACCAGUUCUACAUAGCAAAUUCCUGCAUCUCAAGCACUUGAAUGUUGAUCUUCAAGCAAUGACAUUUUCCCCGACCUACGACUAUUGUUCUUUGAUAUCACUUUUUGAUGCUUCUCCUUUCUUGGAGACCCUUGUCAUGAAUGUGUUGCAGCAAAAGAUGUUGCACGAGUCAAUCGUGGGAGAUGCAUCACAUUUGAGGCAGAUGCCAGGACACCACCAUGAUAGCCUCAAGACAGUGAAGAUCAUUGGUUUCUCCUCUGCGAAGAGCUUAGUAGAGCUAACAUGCCAUAUCAUUGAGAAUACGAGCUCACUUGAGAGCCUUACAUUGAACACCACAACAGGACAUCCUUUCGACAGCUGUUUAACCAACAAUACUGGAAAGUGCAACCUGUUGGGCGUGGAUUUUAUGGUGGAAGUUGGUAGAGGGCUCUUGGCUAUCAGGACAUAUGUUGAGCCAAAAGUUCCCUCCGGAGUUGAGCUAAAUGUUGUGGAGCCUUGCCGCCGAUGCCAUGAUCAACCACCGCCGAUGCCAUGAUUCCUGUGUAAAAGUUCCCGCAAGACAUCAUAAGUACCCUAUGAUUCCUGUGUAAAAGUUAAACUAGAACGUCGAGGAACCUUCUGCUGCUGCUACCCGGGUUAUAUACCCAAAACCCAAUAUUUAAUGUAACUAGUAGGCUGUGUGUUGCGACGUA